AUAAUCAAUGGAAAUUCUAUCUUCUAUUGUUGGAAUAGUAGCAGAACAUACUGUUGUGCCUAUUGGACGUCAAGCAGGUUACUUGAUAUUCUACAAUGGCAAUUUCAGUAUGUUAGCGGUUAGUGUUACAGACCUUGAGGCUGCCAAAGAAAGAAUAACCCAUUCCGUUGAAGAAGAAAGGAGAAACGGUAAAAAGAUUGAAAGAGAUGUGAUGAACUGGUUAGAGAAAGUGGAUGAGGUCAUUGUAAAGGCAAAUCAGCUUGAAAAUGAUCCUCGUCGUGCCAAUGCUAGGUGCUCAGCAUGCCCGUUCCCCAAUUUGAUUUUGCGUCAUCAACUGAGUAGGAAAGCCACAAAAAUUGUAAAAGAUGUUAUUGAAGUUCAAGAAAAAGGGAAGUUUGAUCGAAUUGGUUACCUUUCCACCCUAGAUGGAGAAGCCUCCUCCUCCUCAACAAGAGGUGGUGAAAAUUAUGAGACAAGGGAAUCACUUAAAGAGAACAUUAUGAAGGCACUAACGCACCAAAAUUCAUGCAACAUUGGGGUCUAUGGGUUGGGUGGGGUGGGUAAAACCACUCUGCUGCAGGAAGUUUUUGAAAUAUCUAAGCAACACAAAUUGUUUGAUACAAUUGUUACAACGAAUGUAACAAAAGAUCCAGACAUUAAAACAAUUCAAGGGGAGAUUGCAGAUUUGUUGGGUCUACGAUUCGAUGAGGAGACUAUUCUUGGCAGAGCACAUCGCCUGAGACAAAGAAUCAUGAUGGAAAAAAAUAUCCUUGUCAUUCUAGAUGAUAUAUGGACCAAACUUGAUUUGAAGAAAGUUGGAAUUCCAUUUGGUAAUGAACAUAAUGGUUGUAAAUUGUUGAUGACAUCUAGAAAUCAAGAUGUUUUGCUUCAAAUGGAUGUUCCAAAGGAUUUAACUUUCAAACUUGAACUUAUGAGUGAAAACGAGACAUGGAGCUUGUUUCAAUUUAUGGCUGGGGAUGUGAUUAAAGAUAGCAAUCUGAAAGGUGUAGCAAUUCAAGUUGCCCAAAAAUGUGAAGGUUUGCCUCUUGUGGUAGUGGCAGUUGCUCGAGCAUUGAAAGAUAAGAGGGAUGUUCAAUCUUGGAAAGAUGCAUUAAGGAGAUUACAAAGUGGUCAUGAUACAAUUUUUUCUGCUUUAGAAUUAAGUUACGACUCAUUGAAGAGUGAUGAAAUGAGGGAUGUCUUCUUGCUUUUUGCAUUAUUUCCAAAUGAUAAGGUACAUUACUUUCUAAAAGUUGCGAUGGGUUUGCAUAUAUUAAAGGAUAUUAAGAUUGUGGAUGAUGCUAGAAAUAGACUUUAUUCAAUAAUCCAUUCUUUGGAGGCAACUUGUUUGCUUGAAAUGAAAACAAGCGGAAAUAUCCAAAUGCAUGACUUUGUUUGUGAUUUUGCUAUCUCCAUAGCACGUAGGGACAAACAUGUAUUUUUGAGAAAACAAUCAGAUGAGGAAUACCCAACCAAGGAUUUUUUAACAAGGUGCACGCAGGUCGUUCUAGAUGGUUGUGAGCCAGAGCUUCCUCAAAUGAUUGACUGUCCAAACAUUAAGUUUUUCUAUUUGAGAAGUAAGAAGAACCGUUCUUUAGAAGUCCCUGAUGAUUUUUUUGAGGGUAUGGGAAGCCUUAGAGUCCUAGAUUUAACAUUGCUGAACUUGUCUUCAUUACCCACUUCCUUUCAGUUCCUAACCGACCUUCAAACACUGUGUUUGGAUUUUUGCAUUUUGGAAAAUAUGGUUGAAAUCAAUGCUUUGCAAAAUUUAAAAAUUCUUUCCCUUUGUGGUUCUUCAAUGACCAAGUUGCCAAGAGAAAUAGGGCAAUUGACUCAAUUGAGAAUGCUUGAUUUGAGAAAUUCAGGAAUAGAAGUGCUCCCACCUAACAUUAUAUCAAGCUUGACCAAACUGGAGGAGUUGUACAUGGGCAAUACCUUUGUUAAUUGGGGAGAUGCGAGUUCAACGGCUCAAAACAAAAAUGCUAGCAUUUCUGAGCUUCGAAAACUACCCAAAUUGACAACUCUAGAAUUACAAAUUCCCGAGAGUUGGAUGUUGCCAAGGGACUUGCAGACAGUGUUUGAGAAGUUGGAAAGAUAUAAAAUAGCUAUUGGUGAUGUAUGGGAAUGGUCUGACAUUGUGAAUGGAACCUCAAAAACAUUGAUGCUCAAACUUGGUACUAACAUACACUUGGAGCACGAAAUAAAGGCAUUGAUUAUGGGUGUUGAGAAUUUGUACUUGGAUGAUGUAGGUGGAAUUCAAAAUAUGGUUUAUCAACUAAAUGGAGAAGGAUUUCCAUUGUUGAAACAUCUCCACGUCCAAAAUAAUGCAAACAUGAAGCAUAUUGUUGACUCUCAAGAGAGGAAUCAAAUCCAUGCAUCCUUUCCCAUCUUGGAAACACUAGUACUUCAUAAUCUUAAAAACUUGGAGCAUAUAUGUCUUAAUCCACUUUCAAUUACUUGUUUUGGAAGUCUUAGUGUUAUCAAAGUCAAAAAUUGUGUCCAAUUGAAAUAUCUUUUCUCCUUUACAUUGGUUAAAGAACUUUCCCAACUUUCUAAGAUUGAAAUUUGUCAGUGCAAUUCUAUGAAGGAGAUAGUGCUCGAAGACAACAGUUCAAGUGCAUCAACAGUUUUUCGAUUUCGUUCUUUGACUUUAGAAUAUUUGGAGACACUUCAGAAUUUCUUCUCCAAUAGUGAGCAAAAACAUCAAGGGUUAGAGCCUUCUGUUUCAACACCAUUGUUCAAUGAUCAAGUUGCAUUUCCAGAUUUGAAUUUCCUUAAAUUGAGUUUUCUCGAUUUGAAUAAAAUUUGGAAUGACAAUCAUCGGUCUAUGUGCAACUUAACGAGCUUGAUUGUGGAGAGUUGUGAUGGAUUGAAGUACUUAUUCUCGUCUAUUAUGGUUAAAAGUUUUGAGAACCUCAAACAACUUGAAAUAAGUAACUGUCCUUUGAUGGAGGAUAUAAUAGCCAAAGAAGAAAGAAACAAUAAAAUGGAAGAGGUUCAUUUUUCCAAAUUAGAGAAAAUCACAUUGAAAGACAUGGACAACUUGAACACAAUAUGGCACCGCGAAUUUGUAACAGUGAAGAUGUUGCAAGUGAGCAAUUGUAAGAAAAUUGUUGUUGUUUUUCCUUCUUCAAUGCAAAAAACAUAUGAGAAGUUAGAGAUGUUGGAGGUUACAGCUUGUGCUUUGGUAGAAGAGAUAUUUGAAUUGAGUUUCGAUGAAAAUGGCAGUGCAGAGAAUACAACACAUUUGAAAGUUGUUAUUGAUGGAUUGCCAAAACUGAAAAAUAUAUGGAGUGGGGAUCUUCGCAGAAUUCUUAGUUUUCAAAUUGUUAUUGUUGUAAGACUUGCAAACUGUGAAAGCUUGGAGUAUCUAUUACCACUUUCUAUAGCCACUCGUUGUUCACAUCUCCAAGAACUUCAUAUAAAAAACUGUGGAAAUAUGAAGGAAAUUGUUGCAGAGGAGAAGGAGAAAGAAGCUGGAGUGAGUGCAGCUCCCACAUUUGAGUUUAAUCAAUUAAGUAUUUUAUUGCUUUGGAACUUGCAUAAACUCAAGGGUUUCUAUGCUAAAGAGCAUACCCUAGCAUGUUUAUCUUUGAAGAACAUUAAUGUUUCCAAUUGUGCAAAGUUGAAUUUGUACAGAACUCUGUCUACAAGAAGCUCCAAUUUUCAAGAUGACAAACUCUCCGUUUUAACGCCACAACCACCUUUCAUUGUCGAAGAGGUUAUUCCAAAUUUGAAGGAGUUAAGAGUAAAUCACAAAGAAGCUAACGUGAUAUUGCAAGCCCAAAACUCAAGUGCCCUGUUCACCAAAAUGACAUUUCUUUGUUUGUCCCAUUAUAAUAUUGAAGAUGCUACAUUUCCUUAUUGGUUUCUUCAAAAUGUGCACACUCUUGAGGAACUAUAUGUUGAAUGGAGUUGCUUCAAGAAAAUAUUUCAAGAUGAAGGACAGAUAAGUGAGAAGAAGACUUACCCACGGCUCAAGUGCCUCACUUUGUAUCAGUUACAAAAACUUCAACAUAUAUGUGAAGAAGGAUUCAAAAUUGACCCAGUUCUUGAGCUCCUUGAAUACUUAGAUGUUAAGUUUUGUUCCAGUUUGGUAAGUUUGUUACCUGCUUCUGCCACGCUUAAUCAUCUGGAAUAUCUGGAGAUAACAAAUUGCAACGGGUUAAAAAAUUUAAUCACAUUCCCUACGGCACAAAGUUUGCACAAGCUCAUUUGGCUGAAGGUAAAAGACUGCAAUUCACUUGAAGAAAUAAUUACUGGAGAGGAAAAUGUUGGCAUUGCAUUUAUUAGUUUAGAAUUAUUGAUAUUGGAUUGUUUGCCAAGCCUCACCAAAUUUUGUUCUAGUAAGUGCUUCUUGAAGUUUCCAAUGUUGGCGGAAGUAAUUGUGAGGGAAUGUCCUCGCAUGAAGAUUUUUUCAGAGGGAAACACAAGUACACCAAAUCUUCGAAAAGUUAAAAUUGCAGAAAAUGAUGAAUGGCUUUGGAAGGGAAACCUAAAUGAUACAAUAACCAACAUAUUUGAAGAUAAGGUGGCAUUUGGUGGUUUUAAGCAUUUAAAACUGGCUGAAUAUCCAGAGUUGAAAGAAUUGUGGUAUGGUCAACCUCAGCACAAUCUAUUUAGGAGUCUGAAGUAUCUAGUGGUUCACAGAUGUGAUUUUUUAUCUGAGGUUCUCUUUCAACCAAAUUUGCUACAAGUGCUAAUGAACUUGGAAGAAUUAGAUAUCACAUAUUGUGAUUCAUUAGAAGCAGUUUUUGAUAUGAAAGGUGGUGAAUUUGAAAAAGAAAUUCUUGUGAAGAAUUCUACUCAAUUGAAGAAAUUAACACUAUCUAAUCUUCCAAAACUGAAGCAUGUAUGGAAGGAGGACCAACAUAGCACUAUGGGGUUUCAAAAUUUAAUUGAAGUGUCUGUUGAGAAGUGCACAAGUUUGAAAAGCCUGUUUCCGCUCUCAGUAGCUAGAGAUAUGAACCAAAUUCAAACACUUGAAGUGAAUUCAUGUGGGAUUGAAGAAAUUGUUGGCAGGGAGGAAGGAGUGGAUGAGAUAGUUGAAUUUGUGUUUCCUAAUUUAACAUCCAUUAGACUUCACCGUUUGGCCAAACUAAAGACAUUCUUUGCCGGAGUCCAUUCUCUUCAAUGUAAAUCAUUGAAUACAAUCAUCUUUUCCGGAUGUCCAAAAAUUGAGCUAUUUAAGGCAGAGCCUUUGAGACACCAAUUAAGUGCCAAAAAUGAUGAGCUCCAUAUCUCAACAUAUCAACCUUUGUUUGUGAUUGAAGAGGUACUUGCCACUGUUGAGAAUUUCUACAUGAAUGCCAAAUAUUUUGACAUGAUAUUGCAUAGCCAAUAUUCAGAGGUUCAAUUCAACAAAGUCAAACGCAUUGGUGUGGGUGAAUUCUACAAUGAAGAAGCUACUUUUCCACAUUGGUUCUUGAAAAAUGUUCCUAAUUUAGAAAGCAUGCUAGUCCAAUGGAGUUCCUUCAGGGAGAUAUUUCAAGGCGAACAAGCCAUAAGUACGGAAAUGGAAACUCAAAUUAUCCCGCGACUCAAACAGUUGGAAUUAUGGUUCAUGGACAAGCUUCAAUGUAUAUGCAAAGAAGGACUUCAAAUGGACCCCGUUCUGCAUUAUCUUGAAAGCAUUGAUGUUUGGCACUGUUCCAGUCUUAUGAAAUUGGUGCCUUCUUCUGUUACGUUUAAUUACUUGACCUACUUGGAGGUAACAAACUGCAAUGGUUUGAUAAAUUUGAUAACAUACUCAACAGCAAAGAGUCUUGUCAAACUCACAACCAUGAAGAUUAAAAUGUGUAAUUGUCUUGAGGAUGUAGUCGACGGAAAAGAAGAAGAUGAGAUGAAUAAGAUUGAAUUUUCCAGUUUACAAUAUCUAGAACUUGUUGCUUUACCAAAACUCUGUCUCUUUUGCUCAUGCACGUGCCCCGUUAUGUUUCCGUUGCUGGAAGUUGUAGUUGUCAAAGAAUGUCCUCGAAUGGAACAUUUUUCAUUUGGUGUGACGAACACAACAAUUCUUGAAAAUGUACAAUUUGAUGAAGAAAACCACUGGGAAGGCGACCUCAAUGGAACAGUAAAGAAAUUGUUUGAUGACAAGGUUGCAUUUCAUAAAUUAACCUGUUUAGCCUUAUCUGACUACCCGGAGCUAAAAGAUUUGUGGUAUGGCCAACUUAAUCACAAUGUGUUUUGCAAUCUCAAGUCCCUAGAAGUGCAAAAAUGUGAUUUUUUAUCACAUAUACUUUUACCAUCAAAUAUAAUACAAGCGCUGCAUGGAUUGGAAGAUUUAAAAGUAACAGACUGUGACUCGUUAGAAGCAGUGUUUGAUGUGAAAGGUAUGAAGUCUAGAGAAAUAUUGAUAAAACAAAGCACUCAGUUGAAAAGUUUGACUUUAUCUAGUUUGCCAAAAUUGAAGCAAAUAUGGAAUGAGGAUCCUCAUGAAAUUAUCAGCUUUGGAAACUUAUGCAAGGUGGAUGUUUCUAUGUGCCAAAGCUUGCUAUAUAUCUUUCCAUUGUCACUAUGCCAAGAUCUUGGAAAUCUUGAAAUGCUUGAUAUAGACUCUUGCAGAGUUGAGGAAAUUGUAGAAAUGGAAGAAGGAUCAAUGGAAAUCAAUUUUAAUUUUCCCCAACUGAAUACAUUGAAACUAUAUCGUUUGACAAACCUUAAGAGCUUCUAUCAGGGAAAGUAUGUUUUAGAGUGCCCUCCUUCCUUGAAGAUUCUUAAUGUAUAUCGUUGUGAAGCAUUAAGAAUGUUUUCAUUCAACCAUUUAGACUUCCAACAGCCUAACGCAGCCGGUGGAAAUCCCAUCAUACCUCAACAAGCUCUAUUUUCUAUUGAAAAGUUGAGCCCCAACCUGGAGGAAUUGGCAAUAAAUGGCCCGGAUGUGAUGGAGAUAUUGAAUCAAGAAAAUGUCUUUCAUAAAGUUAAAUUUCUUCGUUUGCAAUGCUUGCAAGAAACUCCAACUAUUUUUCUGAAUGAUAUCCAUAAAUCAUUUCCUAAUCUUAGAACAUUUCAAGUGCGUAAUAGUUCUUUUGAAACAUUGUUCCCUAGUAAUGGUCAUCUCAGCACGCAGAUCUCAGAUCAAAUAAGUUUGUUCCUUUAUGAAUUGGAAAAUCUCAAGCACAUCUGGCAGGAAGACUUUCCAUUGGAUCAUCCUCUGUUACAAGUUGCAUAUCAAGUUGUAUGUAACAAGUUGUAUGUAACAAGUUGUCCAAGUUUGAUAAACUUGGUACCAUCAUCAACAUCUUUCACAAAUUUAACAAUUUUGAAAGUGGACAAUUGCAAAGAGCUUAUUUAUUUAAUAACAUCCUCAACAGCUAAAAGUCUUGUACAACUCACAACAUUAAUAAUAAUGAAUUGUGAGAAGAUGUUGGAUGUUGUGAAUCAAAUUGAUGAAGAAAAAGCAGAGGAAAACAUCAUAUUUGAAAACUUGGAAUACUUGGAAUUGUCUUCUUUGCCAAGUUUUAGAAGCUUCUGUUAUGGGAAACAAGCAUUCAUAUUCCCAUCUUUCAUAUAUUUCACUGUUAAAGGGUGCCCUCAAAUGAAGAUAUUCUCAUCAGGAGUCACAGUAGCACCAUACCUGACAAAAAUUGAAGUGGAAGAAGGAAAGAUGAGAUGGAAAGGUGAUCUUAAUACAACUAUUGAACAAUUGUUCAUAGAAAAGGGAAGUUUAUCAAUGUGCUGACAGGAUUGCAUCUCUUUGACUUCGUGAUUCUAGUUUCACUUGGUGGGAUCAUGUUCUUUCUGAUUUCUGUGAAGCUUAUCAUCGUAAUAGGCUUGAUCUUCUUGAAUUUAGAUUUAAAUAAUAUUUCGUUCUUGUAUUCAAACUGUACUCUUUUUUUUGGGUUUUAUCCCACUGGGUUAUCCUUGCUAAGGUUUUUAAUGAGACAGUUGACCAACUUAUUUGGUUUGCACGAUUGUUACAUUGAGUUUCGGUCUAGUCCCCCAAAUGUUUUUAUUAUUUUUAAUACUAUUUGGUUAGAGUUGGGCAUUUUGGUUGAGGUGUAGGGGUGGCAACAUAAUUGAGAUGUUUGUACUUUCAUCCUUACUUCUCUUUUAGCUUCUUCGCCUUAAGAUAUACUUAUUACAAGUAAAGUUAAAAAUAAUUACUUUGGGAUUUAGUCUUGCGAAUAGGACUAAACUCUCACAAUGUGACAAAUUAAGAUUUGAAUCCCGCUAAGAGUUACACACAUUUAAUUUCCGACAUGCUUCCAAUAGGAUUAUCUCUAGCAAAGGAAACCUAUGAGAAACAAAAGCUCCAAACUCAUCUCUAAUGAGUUUGUCAAUUCCCACUUUAUUAUGUUGGGAUGAGAAGGAAACAUCUAUAUUCCACUUAACCCGUCCUGUGGCAGCCUUGGUCCAUUUUAUAACUCGCAAAACAUUCUUAUUUGAUGGAAAAGAAACCUCCUAUAGCUUCAUGAACUAGUUUAUCAAUUAUAUUAUUCCACAAAUUUUUAUUCUUUUGUUUCCAUAUAUUUCAAAGUAUGCAAGCAAAUGUAGAGUACUUCUCAGCUGUGAGACAGUGUAACAACUAAAAAAUUAAGACAGUUACUGUGAGACAGUAGCAUCCGAAUAAUUUACCAAUAAUUUACAAUUAAGAACUUGUAAUAUUUCACUCUUAAUAAUAUUAUGAAUUGUAUCAUUUUUUUGUAACUAAACACUCUUAAUAGAUAAAAUGACUAAUCUGUUUAAAUAUGUUACAACUUUGUUGAUUUUAGAUAAAAUUUAAAAGUAAUUUAAUUUUGAACAGUUUAUUUUGACAGUGACAAUAUUUACAAAUAGUGUCCCUAAUACUCCAAAGACAAUACACAUAAUUAAAAAGAAAUGUAUCUUUUGAAGUAAAAAUAUUAAAUAUGUAGUGCCAAAGUCAUGUACCAAACUGAUACUGCAUAACAGUAAAGAAUUGGGAUACUACUAUAAAGAUACACUUCUAAUCUCCUAUCCAAGACUAUCCAAAACAACAUGAAAAAGAUAAGAAAGGAAAGAAAGAAAAUAAGGACCCCUUAGGAUCUCGAUCCAUGCCACAAGAGACCGAUGACGGACAACCAAAGUAAAUGCAAGAAAACAUCUACUUCUAUUCCGAAGGAAAACAGACAAGGAGUUUGAGAUAUGACCAAGAUAUUCCAAAUUAAACAAUAAUCUUUCCACAAAUGAUUAAUUAAACUCACUGAAUGGUAUAUCUUAAUCACAGUGUCAAACGUCACACUGAGACAACCCGACCUCCCAUCCAUACACUUACACGCCACCUCCACCUUGGGCUGUCAGUCUGCCACAACAACCAACUAAUCAUGACAGUAAGAUAAAAAGGCCAAAUCGAAUACAUGCGAAACCGAAUAAUGCAAUCUAUGACGAGGUUGGCUGCCAAGUGGUGGUGACAACCAUAAUUGUUAACACACAUUCUGGUACAAUAUCAAUAGCAAAUCAGCAUAUCCCGUAACCCGAAAGAAAAAACAGCAAGCCUGAUACUUGUGUUUAGCAUAGCAUGAAUGAAUUUAGACAAAGUGGGAUCUCAAACCAUGACACUUACAGCUAACGGAUGCUCGAAGAAAAUGAGAUAAGGCAUUCUAUUAUAUGCCAUAGCCAAUGGGAUAUGGAAUUUGAGACACCGCCAAGACAACACAAUUAAUAAAACUGACUGCUAAACACAAACUUC